AUGCCGUCCAAAAGUGGUUCACCCAAAUUACUCAAACUCAUAUCCGAUGCGGCAUCCAAGAUCCGCAAUGUGAUGGAUAAAGAUAAGAAUCCAGGAUGGCAAUCGAGGCUACAAGCAUGGGCUGCUGGAAUGAAGAAGCUAGAUGCUCUUCUGCUCGAUCCGUCCUUCUCAUACGAGAAAUAUGAGCCAUUCAGCUUAUGGGCAGAGAAAGAGUUGAAUAACCUGAUCAGCACACCUGCUAUCCCAUACUUCUUGACUUUCUUUCGACUCACGUCGGAACAUCUUCGUUCUACUAGGAUACAACUAAUCAUCGAAGACGAUACCGCUGCAGAUACAAUUGAUUUUGAAAAGAAUGUCGACAAGGAGGACACUUCUGCUGGUCUUACAUUUAGAGUCGGGAAAGUUGUCGAGAUCAUCAUGGAUAGUGUAUUGGGAGUAGGUGUCUCACUUCGACCGACAGUUACCCAGAAUAUCGGCUGUGCUUAUUUAGCAUCUAUCUUUACAGCUCACGCGAAAGACAUCCAUACACGAGCGUGGAUCACUCUUCUCGUGUCUCUUCUCGAGGAUUGCUUGACUGACAAGUUCGGAAACGACGUCUUACAAUCCGACGUAUCAGAGAUACUUGGCAUCAUAUCAGGCGAUGAAAUGAUCAAGGAAGGGAAAGCUCUAAUGAAGGAUUCUGCUGUCUUAGGAUUUAAAAAGCUUGGAUCUCUCUUGCACAAGAGUAAAGCCACCGGAACAUCCAUAGGAUUACUGCGGAUUGUGCAAGCCCUACUCUCUCCGAUCUCGAAUCUUCAAAUCCGAACCAAGGAGUUGAAGGAAGUCUUACAGAACCAAAAAUGGUCACAAGGAGUGUUGAAGGAGGUGUUUACUAAAAUGGGGAAGGAAGAAAAGGCAUACGAACCAGAUCAACUGAUGAUCAUUUUCAACAUUCUGGCCAAAGACACUUCUCAUGAAAGACCUAGAGCAUAUCAAGCGGCUUCUUUGAUCGUCGACGAUGAUGACCAUUUGAGUUCGGAAAAGGCAAAACGGUAUCUGAAGCAGGACAAAAUCAUCCUCUACCUUGACCAGUGGGGUCUUAUUUUUAAGGGCUUCGACAAGGAUGGUGAAGAAGAAGAUACCGCUUUCGAGCAUAGGAAUAUUAUGAAGUUGAUUGUCCACAAUAAUUUUGAGAUCAAUCUCACAUACAUGACAAAGGACAACGAUGACAUCCUUGUACAGUUUGGUGUGAAGCUUGAGCAAGUCGAUAAAUUCCUGAAGGAUACCAAAGGACAGCCAUACCUUGUAUCGAAGAUGAUUUCUCCCCGACUGUCAUCUGAACUUUCCGAGUCUUCUGGUCAAGCACAGAACAAACCGGAUCCAGAAGUACUUUCUACACGUCCGACGGAAUCCAAGGGUGGCUCUUCUGAGAACGUCAAAGAAUUGGCUGGAAAACAAGCUGCUGUUCCAUCUAAGUCUGAAAAACAAACUCCUGCUAAACGAGGUCGUGGUCGUCCGAAAAAAACAUCUUUGUCAGAAAAUAAAAUCAGCGGUACUCAUGAAACACCUGCAUCAGUUACGGAACAUCAGGUAGCAGGUGCUGCCACAGAGGGAGGGCAAAUUCCGCUACCUUGGGAAACGGAGACAUCGAUUGGAAUCUACAAUGAAAGUACCCCUCAGAGCGCAACAGAGAAAACAGGCAAAAGACAGAAAAGAAUAAGUCCUCCGCCGCCUUCUUCACCUUCUUCAGCUGAAGGAUCCCUUCAAAUUUUCUCUCCACCGGUAUUUUCUGUCAGCAAUUAUAUAGCUUCGAAACCCCCCAAAACCCUACUACACGACGUCUUUCAUAUUCCUUCACGAGCUCCCGUUAAGCCGGCAAAGCCUUCAAAUGAUUCACCUUUACCAUUGGGUAUUCAAGCUCAGUAUGGCAGCGCUUCUCUCGCUGUCCAGCAAUCCACGCAAACACGAGGCACCGGAGCAGACGCUGCUACACAAGUAGAAUCCAGCCUGAAGAACACUGAGCCUCUUCCUCAAACAAUCACUGAAGAGGGUUUGAAAAGUGCCGAACUUGCUCCCGGCAGAAGUAUACAUAAAAUACCUGCCGUAAGGACCAUUGGCAGCGGGCCUGAAAUGUCUGAAAGUACAAAUAACAUCGUUAGAAAGGUAUUCAGUGAGAUUUUAGAGCCCAAUCCUGCCGACACUUCUAAUAACCUUCUUACAAGCAACGAUCAAGUAAAGGCUUCAUUUUUGGAGCAACGGAAAGAACGCUCGGAAGGACCUUCGGACACUUUGGCCAUGGACAACCAUCAUGAAUCAGACUCUUCAGUUCAAGGGCCCAUUGUCUCAAGACGAUCCGUUGAAGCGAUGUUUCAGCAAACCCGAGACAAUGACGAAAUCGAGAAACCAAGAAAGAAGGCAAGAUUAUCCGUUUUACCUUCGUCCUCACUUGCAGCAGGAGAUGUCCGACCCGAACGUCCUUCGUUGUCCAGUAACCAAAGUCACAAAGAUCAUGUGGUUGGUAUUAGGAGAGAAUCUGACGAAGCUCCGGGAAAACAAAUCGAGAAGAGACCAAGUAGAAGGAGAAGUAGUGGUGCAAACGCAAGAGCAAGAGCAAUAAGUCAAGCUGAGAAUGCGGCGAGCAAAACUGUAUCCGAUAUGCAUAUACACUGGAACGAUGUCCUAAACCUUAUGAAAGAAGCUUCGGAAAAGAAGAUCAAAUUACCUUUGCAGAAAACUCGCGUAGCUCAAGAACAAUUCGGUAAAUUAGCUAAGUCCAUUCUGAAUGAUUUUCAAAAAGAGAGUAAAACCCAAAUGAUGGAGAUCAGCAAGCAACACCAAGCUACCGUUGCCAAAUUUGAUCAGUUUAUAUCGAAUGAAGUUGACAAGAUCCUGACUGAUUACAAUGAAACCAGGGAUGCGAUCGUUGGGUUGAUGAAGGUUGAUAAGAAGCAAUGGGAGCUGAACCCUUCUUUAUUCUGA